AAAGCUUGUCGUUCACAUUCUAGGACACUUUUUAUUCACAGAAUGCAUUUGUUUAUUAAUGUAAUUACUUACGUUCUAUUAACGUUCUUACGUUUUCUAUACACAUCAAGCCGCAGCUUCGUGGCUCAGAGCGCACGCACAUGACAGCUAAAGCCGAGGAAACGAAAGUUAAGCGAGGAAAGCGAAAGUGCGCGCUGAGCGCCCCCGGCCGCCGCGUCUCUCCAGUCAGUUUGUGGCGCUCGCCAUCGCGUUAACCUACAGAGCAGCUUUCUGUUAUUAUUGUGCGAUCCCUGAACAGGAUAUCCUGAUCUAAUUUUCCUGAACUGCCCAGAUGUCUCAGAAAAAGGUGAAAUGCUUGGAGCUACCCGCCCUGAGUCGGCCGUUCAAACUUGGGGGCCUAUAUGACUCGUGUUCUGAUGCAAUCAUCCAAGAUAUCACACUUUGGCCCCCUGAAGCCCUGGAGAAAGCUGUUAAUGUUAAGCCACAACGCACCCGCAAAAGCAGUUUGAGUCCUUCAGACUCCAUCAAGAAAAAAGAUGCAGCCCUUCGUCUUCCCGCGUCUCUCCAAGCCAGUGUUCUGAGUGAGUUGAUUGAUCUCCAAGGUUCUGCCAGAUACUGGAAAUAUAGAAAUGCGUUUAGGAAAGGCGUGCAGGUGACUUUGCAUUACCAGGCCUCAACGAGAUAUGAAGAGUUAGUGAUGGAGCAGCUGAAACCAAACAAAGGCUCCUGUGUAGAUGUCACAAAAGAGGGCUCUGCCACGCAUGUCGUCAUGGGGUUGAUGUAUGGAGUGCAGGUUUUCCUGGUUUUUCAUCUUGACGUUCUUCAGUCUGAGGAGAAAGAAGACCUCCAAGAUAAGUUAACAAAGUUGGUCAAAAAUAAUCUCAUGAGCACAGUAAAUCAAGGCCUGAAGUGUAAUGUCCAUGAAACGGUAAUUGUUGAGAGAGUCAGAUGCAGGGCCUUCACUGAUUUGAGGCUUCCCAAAGAGACCUUGACGUUCAUGGAGGCCUACGAUUUGUAUCACUCCCUGAAAAACAUACCUCCUGAAAAUGAUCAGAAAGUAGCGCCUAUCAAAGUGUGGCUGCAACCCCUGACAAUGGUGGACCCCAAAGCUCCAAAAGCUGGUCGAGAGCUUCGUGAAGGUUUAGUCGAGUCCUUGCAGGGAGUUUUUAACCACCUGGAGGAGUGUGAGGCAAGAAGCACUGACAUGAUGACAGAUGACGUUGUGCACACAUUUCCACUACUUAAGAAGAAGUUCCAACAUUUCAGAAAGUUGUGCCAGGAGUACAAAUUGUGCUUGCAGAGGAGCUUGUCAAGGUUGGUUCCACUCGCCCGCAGAAGUGAAAAGGAAGAAAACGUUCUUCAACAAAUUCUGGCUGCCAGGGAGCGGUCUCCGUUAAGUAAAAACUCAUUAGAUGCCUGGAUAAAUGACAAGACGAAGGAGAUGACCACCAUUCAGUCGUACCUGAAACACUUCAAUGGUCUGCGGAUCAUGUCCUCAGAAAAACAGCUGGAAGAGGAGGUUUUAAACCCAGACGCAGAGUAUUUGCUGUGCUUUGUGUUCACUUCACUGGAUCAGGAAGAACCGUAUCUGUCGGAGCUGGAGAAGUACUGUGCUCGGCAAACAGACGAAACAAUGGCAGAUCAACAGUCAGAGCCCUAUGAUUACACAAAUCAAGUGGGCCAGCAGUGGUUUCAGGCAAGCUCAGGUGGCAAAAAGGCCCGGAAGUGCGCUCGAUUCUUUGCGGAGUUUGUCGAGGCAAACAAAAACUCUAAAAUGACAAAAUUUGCGAUCGCUUCAGUCCCAAACAAGGACCAUCCUGGGGUAACGGUCUACUUCUAUGAGGAAGGUGUGCUGCAAAGCACAGACUAUGAGCCUCCAACAAAGCCUGGGCCAGUCCAGAUUACCCAUAAGGCCAGUGAUGGGGUGACCCUUCAGAUGCAAGCUCCCAAAAAAGGGUGUGCUAACAUCCUCAACUACAGAGUCCAUUACAGAGCCUUGCCACAAGAAACGUGGAACACCGCUGAAACCAAAGGGAAGGAGGAACAUCUUUGUGUUGGCGGCCUACUUCCUGAUCAACGUUAUGAGUUCAAGUCCUCGGCAGUGUGCCUACCUGGAGUCAGUCAAGCAAGUGAAACAAGUGACAUUGUGAUACCGAAAACAGGCAACAAUGAGAAGUUAUCAUUAACUGCACAUCCCUCACCACAUGAGGAACUCUCUGCCGAUGAAUAUGAUGCAGAAAAUGAACAUUCUCAGUCCGAAGAAUGUGAUGAAUCCAAAAUGUUGGGUUAUGAGAGUUCUGAAACCCUUGAUUCUUCCAUUGAGGACAGCUGUAAAAAUGAAACUAAACUGGCCAAUGAUGAGACCAUAUGUAAUCAUGUCACCAGUGAGCUCGCCUUGCAAAUCUGUAAUCACAUGAGUCGCCCCAUGACAUUCCAAAAUUCUUCAAAGAAGCCACAGUUAUUUGAGCUCUCUCUAGAAGAGAGGAACUUGAAUGCAAGUGGACAUCUUAGAAAAGCCUCCUUCGGAGAACGAGGGUCGAAACCCAACAAGAACAUUUUAGUCGUUGGGGCAUCAGGGGCAGGCAAAACCAUGCUCAUUAAUGCCAUGAUCAACUACAUACUGGGAGUCGAGUGGGCGGAUGACUUCCGAUUUAUUCUGAAAGAAGAAGAACUGAAGAGAUCCCAAACAGAAAGCCAGACUUCGGAAGUGACUGCCUACACGAUUCAUCAUAUGGAGGGCUUUCAAAUUCCGUUCUCCCUCACUAUCAUUGACACGCCAGGUUUCGGAAGCACUAAAGGAAUCAAAGAAGAUGAAAACAUCUCCAGGCUGAUCCGGGAUCUUUUUACCCAGCAUCCUAUCUUCCAUCACAUCGACACAAUUUGUUUCGUGACGCCAGCCUCCGUAGCUCGUGUGACCCACACCCAGCAGUAUAUCUUUGACGCCAUCACUUCUGUCUUCGGGAAAGACGUUGCUCAGAAUGUGGUUAUCCUGACCACUUUCUCGGACGCGCAGAAGCCCCCAGUCCUAGAGGCCAUCAGGAACUCCAAGGUGCCCUAUGCCAAAGAUGGAGAUGGAACCCCAGUCUUUUUUAAAUUCAACAGUUCCUCCUUGUAUGCCAGUAGCUCAAAAUCAAGCGGCGGAAGGAACAAAGAGCAAGACGGCUUCAGUUUUGAAAAAAUUUUCUGGCAGAUGGGGUCACACAGCCUCAAGAAUUUUUUUCUUUUCUUAAGCCAAACGAAAGCAAGAAGCCUGGCUUUAGUUAACAAUGCGCUUAAAGAAAGGAAACAGCUGGAGGUCACCACAGAAGGAUGGAGGACUAUGAUCAAUUCUUGCCUGUGUGCUCUCGAUGAAUUACGUGCAACAAGACUUGCUUUGGAACAGCAUCAGAAUAAAACGGAAGAAGGCGAAAAUUUUGAGUAUGAAGUCGAAACUACGAAAUCUGUCAGAGAACCGCUUCCAAGUGGCCAUCACGUCAAAAAUUGCAUGAACUGCCAGUUCAAGUGCGGAUCUCCAUUUUCUACUGAUCGAGAUGAGGAAAACGGCCGAUUCCCCAUACAUGACAGCAAAGGCAACUGCAACAUCUGUCCCAACAAAUGUACCUGGAAAAUUCAUUUUGACCAAAAAUACAAAUGGACCUACGAAGUUACAAAAGAGAAGAAAGAGUAUCGGGAAGUCAAGGAGAGAUUUGAACGAGAGUACGGCGAGGUGAUGACAGCAGACCAGAUCCUUGCGUGUCUACAGACGGAAAUCAUCGUUUAUCAAGGAGCCGCGAUCACGUUGAUACAAAACCUGCACAGGGAUCUUCAGAAAAUUAAUAAAAUGGGAGCAAAAAGGCAAAUCCAAACUGUCGCCGAGUAUAUCAACUUGAUGAUUGAAUCGGAACAAUUUGAAGGCAAGCCGGGCUAUGAGGGCCGCAUUCAGUCGCUGCGGGAAAUCCAAAAGCAAGACGGACAAGCUAUGGCCCAAUAGGUACAAAGAAUGGAGUAAAUAAGGGAAAAGGUUUUAUACUUAUAUCAUUUUUUUUUUAAAUGUUGAAACAAUUAAAUACUUAACUGAUUAAUUGAUUAUCAAAAUGAUUUAAUUGGUAACAAACUUAGAAUUUUAUUAACUCAAAGUCUGCACUUAUUGAGUUUGGAAAACUUUCAGCAAAUAAAUUGAAUGAAAUGUUGA